CCAUACAAAUUACCCAAAAAAAAAAAAAAAAAAAGAAGAAGAAGAAGGAGAAAUACCUAGACCCCUUUGUUUUGGAAAAAUAUGGCAAAACAAGUUUCGGAACUUGAAAUUACGGAAUUAAGGUUGGGUCUCCCCGGUGGUGGUGGUGGUGGUGGUGGUACAAGUCUUUUAGACAAAAAUGAAAAGAAAAGGAUGUUCUCGGAGAUGGCCGGAGACGGGAAUAGCGCCAAUUCAGGUAGUACUGGCUGUGCUGAUCACCGGAAAAGCCAAACGAAGAACCAAGUUGUUGGGUGGCCUCCAGUGUGUUCUUAUAGGAAGAAGAAUAGCUUCAAUGAGAAAGAUAUUCAUGCAGGAAGGUUUGAAACCAAUUCCAAAAUGUACGUCAAAGUUAGCAUGGAUGGUGCACCUUUUCUUCGUAAAAUUGAUAUGAGCAUGCACAAAGGAUAUCCAGAUCUUGCCGUUGCAUUGGACAAGCUCUUUGGCUGCUUUGGCAUCGGGGAGGCGUUGAAGGAUGGAGAAAGUUGUGAAUUUGUACCCAUUUAUGAAGACAAAGACGGAGACUGGAUGCUAGUAGGAGACGUCCCCUGGGAGAUGUUUAUUGAAUCAUGCAAGAGGCUAAGAAUCAUGAAGAAAUCAGAUGCAAAGGGGUUUGAACUGCAGCCCAAAGGAUUUCUUAUCAAGGGAACUAUGAAAGAUCAUGAAGCUAAAUAACCAAGCUCCUCUGGAAAUUAUAAUGGAGUUGAUUUUCUCGUCUGGCGUGAAGUCAAAUUUUUCGUUUGUUUAUUAACUAUUUCUUGUUCUUAAGUAUUAAGCAGAAAAUUCUCCUUUCAAAUUGCAAAUGUGAGACUUAAUUUUUGAUUUUAAGGUUGGCACAGGACCACUAGAUAGGAUGAUAAUUUGCCUAUUCAAUUUACAUGAAAGCUUUUAGACGUUCA